AUGAGCCGCCCGAACGUCUUCUUCGACAUAACCAUUGGUGGACGUCCAGCAGGUCGCAUUGUUAUGGAGCUUUACACGGACGUCGUCCCGAAGACUGCCGAGAACUUCCGUGCCUUGUGCACCGGAGAAAAGGGCAUCGGAAAAUCCGGCAAGCCUCUUCACUUCAAAGGAUCCAAAUUUCAUCGCAUCAUUCCAAACUUCAUGAUUCAAGGUGGAGACUUCACACGUGGCAAUGGAACCGGUGGCGAGUCGAUUUACGGAGAGAAGUUUCCAGAUGAGAACUUCAAAGAGACCCAUGUUGGACCGGGUGUUCUUUCAAUGGCGAACGCCGGUCCGAACACGAACGGCUCUCAAUUCUUCCUGUGCACUGUGAAAACCGAAUGGCUUGACGGAAAGCACGUUGUGUUCGGACGUGUCAAAGAAGGCAUGGACAUCGUUCAAUCGAUCGAGAGCAACGGAUCUCAAUCGGGCAAACCACUCCAAGAGUGCGCUAUUGCCGACUGCGGUCAACUUAACUGA